AUGGGGGCGAAUUGUUAAUCAUGCUGUGCAAACAAAGACAAUGACAAUUCAGAAAUUAGAUUACCAAAGGAAAAAACUAAACCGAAACCUGAUAAUUAAGAAAAUGAUUAAAAAAAAGAGGAACAAAAAGUUUAAGUAAAAGAACAUGAAAGAUUUACGAUUGAUUAAGAAUAAUAAAAAUAAAAGAAAGAAUAAAAAAAGGAACAAAAAAGAGAAUCUGCAAAAGAAGCGCCUCCUAAAAAUGCUGAUGAGAAUUCUAAAAAAUCAUAAGAAUUAGAUAAAUAGUUAAAUAUUUCUGCCAACCAUUCAGUUAGCAUGAACGUAGCAAGCAAUCAAGAAGGAAAUGAUCUGAUUAAAAGCACUAUGAAUAGUACUGAAAGAAAGAAGUUACCUCCAAUAUAACUAGAGUCAGGUGCUGUAUAUGAAGGAGAGUGGAAAAAUGGUAUGAGAGAUGGAUAUGGAAAAUAAAAAUGGCCAGAUGGUUCAAUUUAUGAGGGAGAAUGGGUUGAAGAUAAAUCUUCUGGAAGAGUAUUAAUAAAGAAUAAUAUUUAGGGUAAAUUGACUCAUGCAGAUGGAGAUGUUUACGAUGGAGAAUGGAAAAAUGAUAAAGCAAAUGGUAAAGGAACGUAUGUACAUGUAAAUGGAGCCAAAUAUGAAGGAGAAGUAAAAAAAAAAUUCUAUUUUUAGUGGGAAAAUGAUAAAUAGCAUGGUAGAGGAGUAGAAAAUUGGCCAGAUGGAGCUAAAUAUGAAGGAUAAUAUUAUGAAGGAAAGAAACAUGGAAAGGGUAUUUUGAAUUUUGCUGAUGGUUCACGAUAUGAUGGUAAAGGAUUAAUAUAUUUUUAAGGUGAGUUUCUUUAAAAUGAUAUCCAUGGAGAAGGAACUUAUAUUUGGCCAGAUAAAAGAGUUUAUAAAGGAUAAUGGAAGAAGAAUAAAAUGCAUGGAAAAGGAUAGAUUAUUUGGCAGGAUGGUCGUAAAUACACUGGUGUAAUGAUUUUAGUAUAUAAUAGGAAUAUGAAGAAGAUAAAAAACAUGGUAAAGGUGUCUUUGAAUGGGCUGAUGGUAGAAAAUAUAUAGGAACUUGGAUUUAAGGUAAAAUUAGUAAUGAAUUGUGUAGGAAGAUAACAUGGAAUUGGAAUAUAUUAUUUAUAAAAUAAAGAAGUGAAAGUUGGUGAAUGGAAUGAAGGAAAAAGAAUGAAAUGGUUUGAAAAAAAUGAAAUUGAUUAGUUAAUAGAGGAAUAAAAAAUAAAGAGAGAAGAUUUACAUUAAUAAGAUUGA